AUGGCUCCAUAUACGUUUGAACUUUUUGCACCAUACAAUAAAAAAGCUGGUCUUCGAUUGAAAAAUGCUAAUGCACGAAUGGUCUUGAUAUNACAAAUUCAAACAGAUCUUCGAAAUGAACAUGAUAAAUUAGUUGAAGAAGUAAAAGAACGAAAUAAAAAACGAGAAGAAGAAAUAACUUUUACAGAAGUUUGGUAUACAUUUGUUGAUCCUUAUGCAACUGAAGUUGAUGAACGUGGUUCAGAUGAUCCUUUUCGAUCAGUUGGUGUUCUUAUUUUUAAAAAUGGAAGGAAAAUAGUUGAUGAAUAUGAAUGGAAAUAUGAUAAUCAUGUUCCAUUAGUUCCAAACGAAAAAUUAAUUAUCUAUGAACUUCAUGUUGGUGAUUUUGAAGAUAAAUUUGUAAAUCUAACAGCUAAAAUGGAUUAUUUUGUUCAACUAGUGGAAAUUAUGCCAGUGAAAGAAUUUCCUGGACAAAUUGGAUGGGGUUAUACACCAAGAUAUCAUUUUGCAAUUCAGAGCACAUAUGGAACAACUGCCGACUUGAAAGAAAUGAUUGAUACAUUUCAUAAACAUGGAAUUCGAGUUAUUAUGGAUGGUGUUUAUAACCAUUGUGAUAUUUCUGCACCAUAUACAGCCAUUGAUCAUGACUAUUGGUUUCUUCAUGCACCAAAAGAUCCAGUUUGGUGUUGGGGACCGGAAUGGGAUUACGAAAAAUAUGAUGAAAAAUAUAAGAUUUGGCCAGCAAGAAAAUAUGUUGGUGAAUCCAUUAGAUAUUUUAUUAAUGAAUUUCAUAUUGACGGCAUACGUUUUGAUGCAGCAACGCAAUUAGCUAAUGAUAAAUUUCUUAAAAUUCUCGUACAAGAAAUAAAAGAACAAGCUCGAGAACGCGGCUUCGGAAAAGAACUUUAUUGCGUUGGUGAAUAUUUGCCUGAUGGACCAGAACAUCUUAUAUCUAAUGGUGGUCCUAUGGAUGGUAUUUGGCAUGAUAGUUUCUAUUUGAAAAUACGUGAAUCUAUGGGUACUGAACCACCAAAAUUUAACGAACUCAAAGAUGUUAUUGAUGCUCGUCGACAAGGAUAUAACAAUAUUACUGAUGUUGUUAAUUAUCAAUCGAGUCAUGAUCAUAAUCAUUUAUUAGUCGAUCUUGGCAAAGAAUAUCAAAUAUUUGAUGAAGAGGCAUUUCGUCGUGUACGUAUGGCACUUGUAAUUCAAGCAACAUCAUUUGGUCUUAUGAUGAUUUGGAUGGGUGCAGAAAUAGGAGAAUAUAAAGAAAAAACACCAGGUGUAGCAAAAAUUGAUUGGUUAUUAAUUGAAGAUCGAGAUGAUAGUUCAAAUGCUAUUAAUAAAGAACAAUUACAAUUUUAUAAAGAUGUUAUUCAUUUACGAAAAUUAAAUUUAGCUUUAACAAGUCCAAAUAUUGAAUAUAUAUUUGAAAAUGAAAAUGACUUUAUCUUGGCUUGGUAUCGAUGGAAUCCAACUAUUCAUGAUACACAUAAUCAAGGUGAUCAUGUUAUUAUUAUUUGUAAUUGGGCAUCAAUAACAUAUGAGAAAUAUGAAAUAUUGAACAUUCCACUUAAUGGUAAAUGGUAUGAAUGGCUUAAUAGUGAUAAAGAAUAUUUAGUCGAAAACAAUAAAUUAAUUAUUGAAGAUUUCAAAGAUCAUUCAGCUAGAAUAUUUGUAUAUCAAGUGAAAAAAAGUAUAGCAUUAACAUAA